AUGGAAAAACUUAGCAAAAGUUUACUAUUUUUUAUACUUACUUUCAGUUAUUUUUUCGCUGUCGCAGAUGCCAGCAUUAAGACUAUAAAAAAAGCUAAUACUCCAGUCUAUUGUGAGCUGUCAAUGCUGGAUGAGUCUUCCCAUGAGGAUAGUUUUCGAUCAAAGAAUAUUCCAGAAAAAUCUUUACCACAAAGAGCUGAACAAAACAACAGCACUGGAAGGAAAUUAAAGAUCGCUAUCAUAGGCUGUAUUGCUGUUGGUCAUAUAACCCCAACAAUCGAUAUGAUAAGAGCUUUAAAAUCAAAAGGUCAUGAUGUCGUUUUUUACGCACCCAUUUAUACUCAAAAUUUAAUAGAGUCAACCGGAGCGAAAUUUAUCCCAUAUCCAGAACAAAAGCAAGCUAAAAUUACACCAAUUGAUAGAAAAGAGAUUAGGGUCAAUGAAACUGGAUUGCAACUUAUGUCGAUUUUUGGUGGCUACACAGAUUAUAUAAUGCCAUGGUUUUUAGAAAAUUUUGAAAAAGAGCAAUUUGAUGCUGUUAUUUAUAGCUCCCUUACUAUUUGGGGCAAUGCUGUAGCAAGCUAUUUCAAAAUUCCAUAUUUAUGCCUUGGAAUUUCAGUUCUGCCAGCAGAGGACAAUGCUUGGAAUCAAACCCAUUUUUACGAUGAAGGAAAAGAGCAGCAGCUAGAAUUUGCAAAUAGGCUUCAUAAUCAAUAUAAUACUACAGCAGUUAAUUUGAUAGAAAUGUUUUCGUGCAGUUAUGCGAAAAAAGUAUUGAUGUUUUCUUCACAAAAAUUCUUACUCGCAUCAGUGAACAAAAAAAUUAUUUCGCUCACAGGUUUUUUUUUAAGACUUCAUUAUAUAGCCUGUCUCUGCUUUGAAUCGGGCUUGUUGAUGCCUGACUUUUCAGACAAAUUUUGACAGACAAGCCCGUCCAAAGAAGGAAUAAGACUAUAUUAAUUAUCAUAAUAUAUCAAAUUAUUUUUCCAUAAUAAAUUUUUGUUCGCUGACGCAAUAGAUUUUUACCCAAUAGAUAGGGAUAUUAAAAUGGUUUUGUUUCCUCACGGAGGGAGGAGUUUAGAAGCAGCAUCAAAUUACAGGUUUUCAGAGCCAGAAAAAUAUUUUUUUUUGAAUUCCAUUUCUUCUCAAACAUCAAAAAAUUUUAUUUCUAAAUUAAAAGAAAACAGUAUUAUAUACCUAUCACUUGGAACAGCUUUUAAUCAACGCCCAGACAUUUUUGAAUCUAUAAUAACCUAUUUCAACCAAACCAAAUAUGAGCUGAUUGUAAGCACUGGGAUGAAUGAAAACCUCUAUCAAGCUCUUACGUCUAAAUAUAACAGCAGCAAUAUAAAAAUUAAUUUAUACACCAAUCAGGUAAGGCUGCUUAAAGAUGUAGCUAUUUUUAUAACCCAUGCUGGGCUUAAUAGCAUAAAAGAAGCAAUUUCUUUUACAAUACCAACAGUUGCAAUUCCUCAAGGGGCUGAUCAAUUUUGAAUUUCAAAAGCUAUUACAGAUCUUAAAAUUGGAGCUUCAGUUGAAGAUUAUGAAGGUAGCUUAGAUAAUAAGUUUAAAGCUGCGUUUCAGGAGAUUGAACAGAACUUUGAGACUUAUAAAGAAAAUCUGAAGAAUGUUCAAAAAAAUUAUUUUGAUGGCCCAAGUUUUGAUGAGUCUAUUAUGGAUUUAGAAAACUAUUUAUUAGAUAUAACGGAUAAGCAAUAA